AUGGAUCAGCGCGCAGCCAACCGACUUUCUGUCGACAUAUUGCAGCGUCAAUACCGAAACAGUCCCAAAUACUGCACUACAUUGCAACGCCAGCUGCGAUGGCCGCAUCCCGCGGGAUACGCUGGCCCUCCCGCCUGGCCUCGCCUGGAUUUUGCCCCUGGGGGUCGGAAUCCGCGGAUCCAGGUUCCAGGAGGCAAGUCCGCAGCAACCUCUCCAUAUCUCACCUUUCAGUCCGUGGUCGCGUCCAGGCAGGCAGACCUGCAGGACUUGGCGCACAGGGUUUUGGGAUUGCUGGGGCUGGAUGGCGGCGCUCUCACGAUGAGCGGACUGGCACUGGCUUACACAGCGCCAGUCAAGCGCUACGCCGCCUUCGCCACCUCCAGCGGGGCAGCCGGCAGUCCCGGCUCCAACAAACCCAGUGCCGCGCUGCAGCAGCUUCUGUCCGCUGCGCUCCUCCUGCCCGCCAUCGGGCUGGGGUCGGGCACCUCGCGGGUUAUUCUGGUAAACGUCUCCGUGGCGCUGUCAGACUGCGACCUGCUGCAGCAGCUGCGUGGUAGGAUCUGCGCUGAGCGGCGACCCGGAGAGGCCCAGCCCCGCACGCCCAUGACCUCCCUCCCCUCUUCCUCCUCCUCGUCGUCGUCCGCCCCGAUCUACACGGGCCCCGCCUACCCCUUGAGCUGCGCCGCGGUGGCCCGCAGCGGUUGGGAGCUGCGGGAGGUCCUGGCGCUCGCGGACCAGGAGGCGGAGGCGGUGCCCCCCGGGCUACCCUGGCAGCAGGCGGAGUUCCGCGUGUACCUGCAGGGCAGGAUUUCCAUGGCGGAGCAGCGCAGCGAGCCGCCACCGACCCACGGGUCGCCGUCGCCGCCACGGCCAACGACAAUGCCACAGCAGCGGACGCUGCUGCCCCGGGAGCCCGUCACCGUGCGUCGCGGCGUGAGGUUGCUGGGUCCGGCCUCCCUCGACAUGGGCGGCAUGCUGCAGCCCUUUCGCCUGGUGUUCCGGACCAACACCUCUGUCGCCGGCUCCGACUCCGGGUAUUCCGCCUCCAACCCUGGCUCCGGCGCCCAUGUCCGGGACGUGUACCUCCACGCUGUGGACCUGCACCUGACGGGGUUGGCUCAAGGGGGAGCUGCCGAUCUGCCACACGGUCUGAUGGCUGCACUGGCCUGGUCCCUGGGGGUGAACGGGUGCCGGCCUUUCCUAGGCCGCAGUAACGAACAAUGCCUCGCAUUUCGGAUUCUUUUUUUCAGGACGACUGCGGCGAUCCAGCGGCAGUUCAACAAGGCGCCGCUCGUGACGCUGGAGGGGUGUUCACUGCAGCUCACCGACGACGAAAUGUCGUACUGGCGUACGGCACUGACACAGCUUCAAGAUCCUGCAUGGGGAGGGAGUCCAGAAGGUGACGGACCAGCGGAGGGGCUGCCACCUGGCCUGGCGGAGGAGGAGCCGUCGUUGCCGCCGCCGCCGCCGCCGCUACAGCCGCUGGUACGACGUGCCGCGCGUCGAGGCUUACAGGAGAAGGGGGCGCUAGCGCCUGCGUCCGCAGCGGCUGCAGCACCAGCGCCGCGGCUAAUUGAAAGCUGGCUGAUGCGGCUUGCUGCUCCGCCGGAGGCUGUGCUGACGGCCGCGACCAAUGACCUGUCCACGGGCGUGGUGUUGAUACCGCGUGUUCGUCCCGCGUGUUUCGUGCUGGCCCCUUGGAGCCUGGGGCCGCACCCCCACUCCUCUCCCACACGGGACAUGGGGCUUCCCUCCGGCGUAACCUGCGUAUGGCGACAUCGACCCCACAAGCUGGUCAACGGCCUUCGGGACACAUCCGCCACCGCUAGCGCCGCCGUCGGCGCCACCGCCGGCCGCGAGCUGGAUCUGGGGGAGCUGACGGGAGCAAUCAGCCUGGGGGAUGGCGGCGGCGGCGGCGGCGCCGGUGGCGGCGGUCCCUGUGUCGCGCUCAGGCGUCUGGUAGUAACCAAUUUGGCACCAGGCCGUAGCGCGGCGUCGCUGGCCGCCGCCGGCGGCGACACCGAAUACGUCUCUAUGGGUGACGACCUGACGGCCGCUGACGGCGAAGACGCGGCCGCCGCAGCCGUCGGCGGUCUGGAAGACACCGGCCCGAGUGGCGAUGAUGGAAGUGAUUGGAAUACAGUGCUGGUCGGCGGGCCUUCUCCAAGAGACACUGGGGUUGCCAACGCUACUCGCGAGUUCAUGGACGAAAGCGACCAGUCGACGGCGGCGGCUGAUGGUGGUGCCUGGUUGCCCUCAGUCGGGCUGCUGGCGUUCGGUUUCGACAGGAGCCCGGGCACACGUCCCCGUCUCUUCCUGCGCGACGUCCUCCUUCUGGUGCCCUCCCAGGAGUUCAAGGUUCUCAUGGCGCUAGCGCGAGACCUGAGGCCAGUGACCGCCGGCGGCGGCGAUGUCGACAUCGACGCAGGUGGAAGCGGAGGAAGCAAAACGAGCGCUGACAUCGCCGCUGCGACAGGAGGAGCCCUGGGCGCGGAUGUGGAUGCGAUCGUGGCGGCGCAUGACGUGGAGAAUCGCCAGAUGCCGGAUUACUUGGGCACCGGGUCUACCGGGGGCUUGGCGGAAGUGCUGCUGUGCUCGCAGUACUUCGCGGAGGAGAACGUCCUGGUGCUCCGGAGGGUGGUGGGGUACCGGGGGCUGUGGGGGGAGAACGUGCGCAUCACAUCGCCUGAUCUCGUAGACACGUGGAACCCGGGUGGCUUGUACCCGGACUUCUUUCAGCUGCAACCGCGCCCCGACCCCGACCCGCCCACGCCCCCCGAGCACCACCCGACAGCAUCACCCCCCUCGCCGCGGGCCCCCAUCAUCCCCGCCGAGAUGCGGCCUCCUAGGUCGCGGCCCUACCCGCCGCCCCGGGGUGCACCCGUGUCUUCACGGCCGCCGCUGAUACCCGCGCAGUAUUCUCUACCGCAGCAGCAGCCCAGCACGAACGUAGCGCCGCCGUCGCCAGCACAGGAUCCAGACGAAGGUGCCCAAGCGGGUCCGGGUGGCGGAGUCAGUGGCGGCGGCGGCGGCGGCGGCGGCGCCUUACUGGCUAUGGUGGCGGGCAUCGUGGUCGGUGUGGCGCUCAUGGCCUUGGCAAUCGGCGUCCUCACUUGGCAUAGGUGCAGUCCAUCGUCGUUGUCAUCGGGGAUGGCGGCCAAGGUGAUGGGCGCCCUGCUUGCGACAUCGGCGUCGGCGAAUGCGGCAUGCACAGCGAACGAGCAGCAGCAGCAGGGGCCGCUACCCGCUACCCGUGCCUGGCCGGCUGUUGAAAGCCCGCACACGCGAACUCUCUUGGAACGCCUAAAUUCAUUUCAGGGUGCAUACCAAUGUAAAGCAACUUUCCCUGUGAUGUAUGGCCUGGCGUUGGGUGAGAUCUUAGCGCGAUGA